UAUGAACUUUAUACAUUCAGUUAUCUAUCAGUUGCAAGUAUCUGUACUUGUUGAAUAUAAUAUUUUGUACACUGGUCAUAUUCGGAUCAGAAAAUUACACAAAUUUCUAAUUUUAUAAGCACUUGCAUAAAUCAUAUUCCAAUUUUGAUGAAAUGCAAGGUAAAAUAUUUACCAUUUCUUUCCUUAUUCUUCUCAAUUACAUUGCUGCCGAAGAUGAAAAUUGCCCUACAAUUAUAAGUCGAAGCCAAUGGGGUGGUCAAGAAGCAACAAACAUGAAUUACUUGAUUCUUCCCAUUCCUUACAUUGUAAUCCAUCAUACAGUUACACCAGAAUGUACCACCAAAGUUUCCUGUUCUGCUAGAGUUGAAAAUAUUCGUUCUUAUCAUAUGAAUGAUCUUGGAUGGCACGACAUGGGAUAUUCAUUUUUAAUUGGUGGUGAUGGAAAUGUAUACGAAGGUAGUGGAUGGAACAGGGAAGGAGCUCAUACUUAUGGAUAUAAUAAAAGAUCGCUUGGAAUUGCAUUCAUAGGAAAUUUUCAAGAGAAACUUGCAAGCGACAACAUGAUGGAGGCAGCACACAAAUUAAUUCUCUGUGGCAAAUCUAAAGAAAUAUUUAGAGAAGAUGUUCAUGUUAUUGCAGCUAGACAAGUCGGGAGUACCGCUAGUCCGGGACUCGAACUAUAUGGACAGAUUCAAAAUUGGCCAGAGUGGUUUUCUAAUCCAUAAAUUAAAAUUAAAUUACUUAUAUAAUUUUAAUAUACAAAUUUUAUCAAUAGUGAAGUUGCAAUUUUAGUAGAGAACACCUUGUUGAAAUGUUAUGAACAGUCCCAAACUUAUAUGUUAUAUUAAGGAGUUACUGUAGCACAAUUAUAUAUUA